AUCUCAUCAUCGCACCUCUCUCCUAAUUAACUCAUCUGAACCCCGCCACCUCCACUAUGCCAUUGCGCACUCUCCACCGGCCGAUCAUGCUCGUGGCCGUUAGCCCUCCCCUCCCUCAUUCCACCACCAGUCAGAAAGACAUCAUCACCGACGUCCACCAGCUGCGGCGCCGCAGACGGCAUCUCUGCACUGAACGGGUCAGCUGAGGGAUGGUCCAUUGCUGUCGGGGGGGAGGGGGGAGGGGCCGGGGAGGGGGAGGGGGAUGGUGAUUGGAGGUCUUGCUGGCCCUUGUGCGUGUGCUGCGGUUGCUGUGUGGGUGGGCUGGGCUGGUAGCUGACGCGGUAAAGACCCUCCGCCUCCAUCGCAAGAACGAGACCACGCUAAUUGACACAACAAACAGGCAGACAGGCAAAGCACCAUCCAUCAGAGGCCGACACAUGCAGCGUGACUUAUAUCUAUCACUCACCUGGUCGAUGUGUGCCUGAGUGCCGUAGAUGGCCGCGAGAUGGGAGGCAACCAGAGGGAUCAAUAUCUCGGCAUAAUGCUGCACACACAUGGACAAUGAGUGCGCGUCACAUACGCACAGACAUCGGCGUGUUCGGAUGCUCACCUUGCACAUCAGCGUGAAUUCGUUUUGCUUGGAUGUGGCGGAUGAAGUGGUGGCACUGAGGGCGGUGGGCGACCCCUUCGGUCCCUUGGUGAGCACCUCCCCCUCUCCCCCGAUGCAGUCCCUCUGAACGCCCUUGAGCAAUGAUAGACCACCCAUCAAACACUCAGUGCAGUGCCUGCAAAGACAAUGAAAAGCCAAUGGGGCAAUGGUGUGUUGUGCGUUUCCGUGGGGUGUCCGUCCUUACUUGACGACUAGCGGCCGCAGGCUGCGCAAUGCACACUGCCUGGAUUGGAUUGGAUGGAGAGAGAACAGAUAGGAAGGAAGGAGCUAUGCGUUCGUGUUUUGGUCAGCCAACGUACCUUAGCUCGUUGCACAUGGCGAUCCACUCGUUGGCGAAGAUGGCCUGAGAGAGCAAGGCAACGCAAUUGCGGGGAGUGAGCGCAUUACUCAGCCUCAUUGCUGCUUGCUCACCAGCGGCCGGUGUCGCGUCAACUUCAGGGUCUUCUGGUGCGAGAUGGCUGCAGAAAGGAGCAGAGACAACACACGUCAGAAGCAAUGGACGGCUUGUGUGUGAGUCCGUGUGUUCUGUUGCUCACGUGCUGCUGGGUCCGUUUGCGCCUCUGUGCCGUUGUGCGUCUUGUCUGCCUGCUCCUGCUGCGAUGGUGGCUGGGUGCUGAGGGCCGUCGAUGGCACCCAGUUGUACCGUUCCAACUCACUGCACGCUCACACAGACACCGAGUUGAGCAGUGGGUGGCCCUUUUCGCCUGUCAUCCAGUUCACGUGUUGAAGUUGAGUAGCGCCCGAUCGAGCAUGCCGCACACGUAAUCCUGCAGACAGGCAGGCAGGCAAGCAGGCAGGCAAGCCAGUCCCAUCAAUGCAUCAGGAAGAUCAUUCCUCGGCCCCCUCGCCUCUCGUCCCACCUCCAAAUAGAGGUCGAAGAUGACAGCAGCGCUUGGGAAGAACUGACAGCCCAGCCGCUUGAGUGUCGAUGACGUGUGCAGCGUCUGACGGUACAGCGCCGCCAAAGAUGACGCGUCCAUCGGGGGGGCCGGCACCAGCGUGCCGUCUGGCAUGUCGUCGACACACGAACGGAGAGAGGGAAUACCACUCUGUUGUGUGCAAUGGGUACCUGGUGAUUGGUACAGUGGUUGUGUGGCUGGGUAGAGGUGGUGGUACUUGGUGGGCAGGAGGGCGGCCCGCAGCAGCUCCACGAACCAGCACACCUGGUCCAGCAGCCACGCUGACAGGGGUCCUUCAGUACCACCAAACAACGCCCUGUUUGACACAUCGGGUCGGGAGAGACUAAUGACGUGUGUGGUAUCUAUCGACUCUCGGUCUGUCUUUUGGUCGGGCUCGGCUCACUUGUAGUGCAUGCCGACGUCGCAUAUGUGCGUCCGCAGCAGAUCAGCCGCGCCACGCAGACCACUGAACGAAGGAACAACCACAGACAGACAGACAGGCCAAUCAGACAGCCCGGCGACCUCAGCGUUGCGUUGCGUGAUGUGGCGAAGGUGCGUUCGACUCACUUGGCGCAGUUUGAGAUGGUGAGUGUCUCUGUUUGUCUCCUGUGUGUGUCGACGUAGUCGCUCCGCCUCGCGAGGAAUUCGGCCUGCAACUCCUCCUCACUAUACACACCCAGACGACGCAAAUACCUUAACACCAAACACAUUCACGGCAGACAGUAGACAGACGUAGAUGAGCUCUCUUUGAAGACGUGAAGUGGGUGUGCGUGUGUGGGGGGCAGGGCAGCUCACCCCACGAUGCGCACACAUGCCGGCAGGUGGAUGUCGCCCUUGAGCUGAUGCAGCAAUAUACUCUGAAGAGCCAGCUUCUGGUCCGCCACCUGCACACAGACAGACCAUACACACACCACACCCAUACACGAAGUACGUCCACGAAUCACUCUGUGUGUCCACGUCUGUCUAUCUGCCAACUUGUUUCUCGAGCAUGGUGAGUAGUUCGCUGUCGUGUCCGCGGCUGCGGAAGAGGUGGAACAGCUGCUGGGCGAAGGCCAGCCCGUCCAAAGUCUCGUCAUACUGGCCGUUGCGGCUAGCCGUAGACAGCAGCUGAGGAAUCUCCAAAAUCUAGACAGACAGACGCACACGCGCACACGAUCAGCACAUCCGUCCGUACCAGCGGAAACUUUUGUGUUGAGAGCCAUUUGUGUGUUGGUUCGUCGCUUACCUCUAUGAGUGUGUUGUGGUGCUGCAGGAGAUUCCUGAGGCCCUGACGCUCACGAUCCAAACCGCUGGCCGUCGAUUGAAACGACUGUCGCAUCAUCAUACACACACACACACACACAGACCAUGGGACAGGCGCUUAUCCGUCUUUUUGCUGCCUGCCUGACCUGGAGUCCCCUUUGCAGUGGCUCCAGCUGCCCCAGUACGUCAUCGAGCUGUCCCUCGAUGGACGUCAGCUGCUCGCGCACGCCCGUGAUUGUCUUGGCGCUGGCGAUGAAGGCGCCGUAGUUCUGCACAGCCAGGGUCUCCAUCUCACUCGACAAACGCUCCUGCUCCAACUGAAGAAUCGUCUGGUGGAAUUAAAGAAAGAGAGAGAGAGAGAGAGAGAGAGAGAGGACAUAGAUGCGCGAUGCUGUUCGUUACUCUGUGUGCGUGUGUUGUGUUGUGUUGUGUUGUGUUGGUCACCGGUUCUUUGAGGAGCCGUUCCAUGGUGAGUGACGUCAGGUGCGGCACGUAGCUCUGCGCUAUCCCAAACAGCGGAUGCUCCGUCACCGAACGCUCCCCCUUCGUCCCUUCCAUCCCUUCACGCCGCGCUGCAUCACCACCAACACCACCAGGAGCAGCCGCCGCCGCCUUCUGGGCCUCAUCGUCCGAGUGAUCCGCCAGCAGGAAUUUGAGGAACUUGUCUGCCGUGGCAUCUGCGAUGAGCGGCGCGUGGGAUGAGGCCGUCAGCGGCGACAGACUCUGCGCUUCAGUCACGUCAAGCGGAGGGUCCAUCAAUUCGACGAAAGAUGAAGUGGUCUCUGUUGCCCCACUGGACUGCGCUGUUGACCACCUACGUCUGCGAUGCCCGUCGAGC